AUGGCGACCAAAACGCUGGAGGCUCGCUUCGAGCACCUCACUGUCAAAGAUGAGAACGAAGCCGGAAGGAAUGGCAGUGGAUACCCUAAGCACAAGGGUUCCCUAUCUACCGCUGUGUCCCUGUCAGGUCUGGGACCGACGACGCAGCUGAACAGCGGAUCGAACCGCUCGCAUUUGCUGAAGCUUGCCCUGCAGAAUACCAAUGACAAUAAGGUGAAUGCGAUGAACGUGAACUCGUCGUCACCAACCAAGGGUACCCUAUCUCAUCGGUAUGUGGACGAAAACGGAGAAAAACGACAGUCAACGCCGUUGUAUGAGCAGCCCGAACCGAAGAAGCUACACCUCGGGAUGUUUGAAAUUGGAAAGCCUCUGGGAAAGGGGAAAUUUGGUCGGGUUUAUCUGGCCAAAGAGCGGUCCUCCGGUUUUGUGUGUGCACUGAAGGUGCUCCACAAGUCCGAGCUACAACAAGGGGGUGUCCAGAAGCAGGUCAGACGGGAGAUUGAGAUCCAGAGCAACUUAAGGCAUCCUAACGUCUUGAGACUCUAUGGUCACUUCCACGACAGCAAGCGGAUCUUCUUGAUUCUCGAGUUCGCUGGCCGUGGUGAGCUGUACAAGCAUCUCCGAAAGGAGCACCGCUUCCCGGAGUGGAAGGCUGCCCAGUACAUUGCUCAGAUGGCCGCAGCAUUGAAAUACCUGCACAAGAAGCAUGUUAUGCAUCGUGACAUCAAGCCCGAGAACAUCUUGGUCGGGAUCCACGGGGAGAUCAAGAUCAGUGACUUUGGCUGGAGCGUACAUGCUCCUAACAACCGGCGACAGACGAUGUGCGGCACAUUAGAUUAUCUGCCGCCGGAGAUGCUGAAGCCUGGCUCCCAGGACAACUUUUACAACGAAAAGGUCGACCUGUGGAGUUUGGGUGUCCUGACCUAUGAAUUUUUGGUCGGGGAGGCUCCCUUCGAAGACACCCCGGUCAUGACGCAAAGACGGAUUGCGCGUGCUGACAUGAGUGUGCCGUCCUUUGUUAGUCCCGAGGCGAAGGACCUCAUCAAACGGUUGCUUGUAUUGGACCCCGAGAAGCGUAUUUCGCUGGACGAGAUUCAACGCCACCCUUGGAUUCUAAAACACUGCGUGAAGGAUGACAAGGGAGUCAAACGGAGUUCUGGUUCAACCAAGGAGGGUAAAGCAUGA